AUGCAGCCAAAAGCGAUUGCACCGCAUCCUGGCCCGUCGUCGAGCGCGGCUCAGCCGACCAAUUACGGCCCAUCCGACGCUCAUAGCGCCUCCAGCUCCGUCUCUCCGCGCGCACGCUCUCCGUCCGGCACCGCCACCCCCGAUCGCUCCAUCGGCAACGGCCAUGCUUCCGCACACGCCUCCGUCGCCAAAGCCGCUGCUGCCGGCGCCAACUCAGGGCCGAGUCGACCCGCCACGGCUGCGCUCGCCGCAAAACUCGCCAGCACACGUCAGCAUGGCACCGUCGCAGACGCCGUCGCCGCCUCGCUCGGCAGCAAGCGCGAACGCAAGAGGAAGCGCAUCCACUACAGCUGUGCAGAGUGCCAUCGCCGCAAGCACAAGUGCGAUCGUCAGACACCCUGCCAACCCUGCAUCGAUCGCGGCCUCGGCGACAGCUGCCGGCCCUUCGAAGACGGCGACCAGUUCGGAGACAUGCGUGACAGGGUGCAGCGCCUCGAGGACAUCGUCGAGGGCCUCGCCAUCGCCCACGCCGAGCUCGCCAAGGAGCUCAAGGAUUCCAGAGGACAGAUGGCCGCCUUUGUCGAGAUGAUGUCGAGCGACGAGGAGCAGGAGCCGGAAAACGACGACCCUUCCACCGCCUCGCGACCCAAGCCCAAGAAGCGCAGACGCAUCAUCCGUCCCAGCACCGCACGAGGCAUCGAACGCGAGGAGCUUUACAACUCCGAGGCGCAGGCCAUCGCCGCCUCCAAGGGCGAAGUCAUCGAUUCCACCUCCUCAAAAGCCAACUCCGUCCGCUACGAUCUCGGCGGCAAUCCGCUCGAGGGUGGCCUCGCUCGCGACGGCGACAGCUGGUUCGGCGCCCUCGCCCUCCCAUCCGUCAGCCGAGGCGUCAUCGAGACCGAGAUCAACGGAGAGCGUCUCGAGCUCGGCGCCAACUUCCCGCGCUUCCCUGCAUCGGUCAAGCUGCAUCGCCUCAUCCACGAGGGAGGCGCUCCGGAAAACAUCCUCAGCGACCUCAUGAACUCGCUGCCCUCCAAAGCAGACACCGACCGUCUGCUCGACAUCUACUUUCGCGACAUCAACCACACCCGUCUUCCCAUCCACGAAGGCACCUUCCGCCAGUCCUACGAAGAGCUCAUGGACUUCCGCUGGGGCAACGCCAAGGAGGAGCGCGGCGACGAUGGCGCAAGACACGUGCCCUUCCUCGCCUUCCUCUUUGCCAUCCUCGCCACCGCCAUGCGCUCGCUUCCCGAGGCCCUCGGAUCCGAAGCCGAAGCCAAAAAGGGUGCCAUUCGCCUGUACCAUGCAUGUCGUCGCACCAUCAACAUCGCUUCCACCAUCCGUGUCGACCACAUUGACCUGGUCCUCGCUCAUCUCUUUGCCGCCCGCUUCUUGAUAUGCCAGCGCCAGAGCGCAGAGAGCUGGUCGCUCCUCGGAAACGCAAUCCGCGCCGCACAGGCAAUCGGCCUGCAUCGCGACGGCAGCAAGCUCGGCCUCGAUGCCAUCACCACCGAGCGAAGGCGACGACUCUGGGCCAUCAUCUUCUACAUGGACAAGACCACGAGCAUCCUUCUUGGCCGGCCGCAGGCUAUCCAAGAGUUUCACUGCGAUACGCUCCCGCCCUCUGAUGUGGACAUCGAUACCAUGCCUCGUUCCGCUCGCCCUUACCUCCCGCGCACUCGCCCGCGUCCAAACACGCCCCCCGGCGUUUUCCUCUUCGUUGCCAUCCGUCACGAGCUCACCCGGCUGACUGGUAAGAUCGUCGAGCACUUCCAGAACCUCGCCAGCCCGCGCCGUUACGCCGACGUCGUGGCCCUCGACGAGGAGCUCGAGAAGUUCCGCAAGGAUAUCCCGGACAUUUACCGAGUCGACAAGGCCCCCGACGGAUCCGGACCGGACACCAACAAAGAAUUUGACAGCGUCUGCCCCUGGCUUCCCUUGCACCGCUACCUGCUCAACAUCGAGUACCACUACGUGCGCAUCGCCUUGCACAGGCCGUACGUCUUGCGCAACUCCGAAAAGUACUCGCAUUCGCGCAAGGCGGCCUUCGAGAGCGCCAAGACGGAUCGACGCGUGCGACAGGAGUACCGCAAGGAUGUCAAGUGGGAGCCAGAACGUGCGCGCAAGGUGCACAUGGGCGGGCUUUAUCGCCUCUUCAAUGCCACCAUGAUGAUCGGCAUCGCACUUCUGCUCGAUCCCAACGGAUCGGAAGCGCCCGACUUCCUAUCCUACCUGGACGAAUUCAUCGAGCUGCACAAGCAUCGCGAAGGCGAAGCCGACCAGUGCAGCAAGCGUGAGGUCAAGAUCAUCGAGCUCUUCCGAGCCAAGGCACGCGAUCCAACCUGGUGUGCAACCUCGGCCACGGGCGCCAGCAAACGCACGGCGGCUGGCGACGCAAAGGGAAAAGCAGACGAUGGCUCGUCCAAGGCAGCGCGCUCCAAGGAUGCGGCCUCGAAGCGAGGAAGCAGUCAAGACACCGGCACGGCUGGUGUAGGUACGGCUGCAUUCAGCUCGGCCAUGCUGCUCGGCAACGGCGGCUCCAAGAGCAAUGCCUCGCAGCUGGCCCGUGCUGGCUCUGUCAACACUUCAGAAAGCACCACCCCGCCGCCGUUCGCCGGGUUGUUUGGAGGCACCGCGGGCGCGAGUGCUCCAGGUCUGGCGCUCGGCACCGUCUCGACAGGGACCACGAGCGACGCAGCCACCGAUCUCGCACAGAGCAUCUUCGACCAGCUUGGCGGAUUCGAGCCCAGCUUUGGCAUGCUCAACCCGACGCCAAACGACGCACUCAACUUCAACGCCGGUUCCGGACUCGGCUUUGGCCCCAGCCACACCUCCAACAGCAUGGGCUUUGACUCGGCGGCUGGCUUCGACCUGGCGAGCUAUUUCAACACGCCUCCUCCCGGGUCUGGGGGUCCCUCGCCCAGCGUGACGGCGACUGCACAGACAUCGACCGCACCAACCUCGUCAGGCAUGGCGCGCAGCAGUGCCAACUCGAUCAACAUCCCGGCCACCUCGUCCUCGGAGCAAAGCGGCAUUCCGAAUUUCCAGCCGAGUGCGCAUCCGCAUCUGCGAGCGCUCAACACGGCCGGCAAUUUCAACAGCUUCGGAGUGCCCACUUCGAGCGCACCGGGCAACGGUGCCAACGGCAAGGCUGGGGAUCUGAGCGCCGGCGGCGCAGCAAGCGCGACGGCAGCCCCAAGCGACUGGGGCUUACUGCCGUGGGGUGGGCUGAUCGAGGCAAUCGCGCAAAGCUCUCACGGCAUGGAUGGCCAACAGGCACAGGCAUCCAACAGCACACCGGGCUCGCACACCGAUAUGAAGACCGAGACGCCCGACGGACACGACAGGCACUGA